AUUUGACAUUGAAUAAAAAAUUGCCAACAACACACAAGCUCCGAAAUGGCAUUUGGUCUAUACUCAUUAAUCGAAGCUGUUAUAUUGUGUUUAAAUGCAGUGUGCAUUUUACACGAAGAACGUUUUCUUGCUAAAAUUGGUUGGGGUACAGAUCAAAGAGGCUUUGGUGAAGAUCCUGGAAUGAAAACACAGAUAUUGAAUUUGAUUCGAUCUAUAAGAACAGUUAUGAGAAUACCUCUCAUUGGAAUCAACAUAUUAGUGAUAGGACUGAAGUUAUUAUUAGGAUAGCACUUGUUCACAUAUUAUCCAUGAAGUAUGAAAAAUUGUUUGUGAAGAUUGUGAAUAUGUAUACGUAUGGAAGGAUGGCUUAGGCAAGAUUUUAAUGAUAUGAUGCGAGUGCAAUAUUACUUUUUAAUUGUAAAUACAAUAUUUACUUUUGCUUGCAAAGUAAGAAAUAGGUGUAUGUUUAAAACAAUUAUGUAUGAAAAUUACAGUAUGUUAAGACAGAAUUUUGGAAUGAAGUGUAUGGUAUUAUAAGUAAUGUCAACAAUUAUGAUUUGAUUAAAAAGUGCCAAAAUUUCAAAAGCCUUUUUUUUUUUUCUGUUGGAAUAGUUUAACCUUGCAUCACAGUGCUAAGAUUAAGCCCUUUUACUCAUUUGUGUUGUAGAAUAAGUGUUCUCUGUGAUACAACAAAAGCAUAUAAGGAUGAUCUCACGUACAGUGACGUAGUGUUGGUGCACAAAGAAUAACAUUGUUAAGUUUAUGCAAGGCUGAUGGGCUUAUAUUAUAUAAAUUUAAAGUUUGGUUCUAAAAUUUUCAGAUUGAAUUGUCAUAGUUUGUCAGAUCGGAUACUGGAAAUUUCACAUUGAUGGCAGUAAAAUGCAGUGUCAUAAACUGCUGGAAAAUUAAAUUUAUCUGAGUUGGAUGCACACCAUGGAAGUAAAAUGAAUUUAAUACUAAUUACUUCCAUGGUCACACAGUUUUUGUUUUUGGAAAGCAUCUAUCUGUUAAUAGCACCGGUGGUUGACUUUACUUUAAACUAUUUUGAACAACUAUAAAUUCUCUGCAAUGACACAAUACUUACA